ACAUUAUAAUUUUAUAUGUCUGGACAGAACCAGGCCAGAUUUGAUGUCGAGAGAGCCUGGACAAAAACCCCACCUCGCUUUUGUCCACGUGACCUCGCCAUUCUCACUUCCUGUGCGACUGAGAACUCGAUCAAAUGGCGAAAUAUUGAAUCCUUCUUUCGAUUCUGCAAACUCAAACACCAAAUCCUCGCUAUGGCUAGAGACUACGACCAUCUGUUCAAGCUACUUAUCAUCGGAGAUAGUGGUGUGGGGAAGAGUAGCUUGCUACUAAGAUUUGCAGAUAACAUGUUUUCGGGAUCAUAUAUUACCACUAUCGGGGUGGAUUUUAAAAUCAGGACUAUCAAUAUCGAUGGUGAGAAGGUGAAGUUACAAAUCUGGGACACUGCUGGGCAAGAGCGGUUUAGAACUAUCACAUCAACGUAUUAUAGAGGCACACAUGGUGUUAUUGUAGUCUAUGAUGUAACCAGUGCAGAUACAUUUGUAAAUGUUAAGAGAUGGCUACAUGAGAUUGAUCAGAACUGUGAUGAUGUUAUAAGAAUAUUAGUGGGUAACAAAGAUGAUUGUCCAUCUAAAAAGGUUGUUGAGACGGCAGAUUUACAGAAAUUUGGAGAGCAGAUGAACAUCCGAGUGUUUGAAACAAGUGCUAAAGAAAAUAUAAAUGUUGAAGAGAUCUUCAGUUCAAUAACCAAGCUUGUUUUAGAAAAGAAAAAAGCAGAUCAAGUGAAGCAAAGUGCAGAAAAGGGGACUGUUAAAGUCGGGAAAGAUAACAAGAGAGGUAGACGGAAGUUUUGUUAGCGCCUUGCAAAUAUUUUUAUUUCAUACAAGAUUUAGAAUAUAUAGCUGUAAACGACCAGCUAGUGCACUUCUUAGAAUGACAUCUUUUAGUGUGAUUUUAGUUUUCCACUAACGUUGAGGUCCUAAGCACAUCGCAUGCUAUUUAUGUCAAUUUAUCAAUUAAAAUGACUUGCUCGGCUGUUUAAAAGAAGUUUAUCUUGUGUAUUAGACAUCAAAGUUUAUGUUCUUUGCAGACUUCAAAGAUCCAGGAACUUAAGAGUUAUAUUUUAUUUAAAAUUCCUGAUUGCAAGGGUGUUUAUUUUAAUCCAGCCUUCAAUGGCUUUGUUUUUUGUCCAAAGGCUGUGAAAAACAUACAAACUGGCAAAAUAUGACCAGUCUGCAAUAUCUAGAACUCACUUGUGGUGUACAAUAAGUCAACAAAUUUUGAUGUUUAUUUGCUAGCAUACUCUGUUCAGCUUUUUCUGUGAUGGCAUGUGGGCAAUGAAGAAAUAAACUUCAGCUGUUCACUGCUCGCUUUUGCGAGCAGUGAACCUUCUAUUAAGAAUUAUUUUAAAAUUAUUUUUUCAACAAAUCAUAGAAUAAAGCUGCUAAAAUGAUGUAGGCUACCCCUUUUUAUUAAAAAACUAUGUAUCUCUGUGCUUUCACGGACGUAGCCAGGAUCUGGGAGAGGGCCUAAAGUGAUUUCUCAAGAACAUUUGUUUCCAACUGAGAUGUAAUGACUAUGACGAAAUAGCUUUAUUAUUGGACCAGAAAGGGGGGGAACCUGGCUACGCCUGGUUUUUGUUGGCUGGUUUUUGCCCUUUCGUUAUGGUUAGAAAAAUAAUCCCUCUGUUUAGGCUCUAUCAUAUAAGACCGCCAGCACAUGGCUCAGGAUAAUUAAAAAUUAGAAAAAAGAGGUGCUGGUUUCUCAAUAACCUUUUUAUAGACAAUGUGAAUGAGCUAUAGAUUACCUGAACUAGCCAGACCUUUUUUUUAUUCAGCAUGACGUGCAAUUUACUUUCCUUUAAUUAGCUGUUUGCUAAUAGUGCUUACAGAGGCAGAUUUACAAGAGGGGCAGGGAGCACCAUGGAACUAAAUAAUUAAAAGAAAUGUAGGGGGGGUAAUUUUAUAUAAGAUCGGUGCCACCUUUCAGGAUGGUGCUGAAAGGCCCUGUGAUUUGGAGGACAAUGUUGCUUGCCCCUUUAGUGAAUGAGUAGAUAAUUCAGGUAAGGCUAUAGGAUAGGGUUAAUAAGUUUAACUUAUCCCAGAUGCGUAGCUAGCACUUUAAGUUACAAUAGUUUUAGGGGGAGAGGGGAGACCCCUGCCCCCAAUUGCUAGCUAUGCACCUGAAACCUAAUCUGUGUCCUGAAUGGACUCCUUCUUUCAGGAUUACACUUAUAGCCUUGCUUGAUUAAGAGUUAUUGUUUUUUUUUUCUUUUGUAAAAUAUGAGAACCUGAAAAAGUUUGCUCGGUCUAAA